AUGCGUUAUGCCAUUGGUCCGUUCCCACCGUGUGGCGAGCUCUGCUACUUUCUGAUUGGACAAGACUGGAACACUGUCCCUAAAACAGGAUCGAUGACGUGUGACACGCCUCUUCCAUUUAUCUGCGAGGGUGCUUUAAUUUAUGGAGAUCCCAACCCUGUUGUCAACGUGAAUACUUCAGUUCUCUCCUCGGGCUCGAUCACGGUAACUUGGUCAAGGCCCGCUUCUGGGGGCUUAACGGGCUUCCGAAUCACACUACACGCUGCAGCAGCCGCUCAACUGAUCGCUCAACAAUACGUCAAAGCCGAUAGUGACCCUCAUCAGGCAGUGUUCAGCGGGUUGGACGGCGGGACGGUGUACACGGCGGCUGUGUUCACGGUUAACGGACCGAGGGAAAGUGAUUCCGUCACAAUAACUUCAACAACAUUUCCGAACCAGAUCCAUUGUCUCCAAACUGUGGCCAGGGAGAAAAAGAUGACCGUUUCCUGGCUGCGUCCCGCGGGGAGAGUGGACGGUUACACGGUGGAGCUCACCGGGCCCGGCAGCAAGAGCAAGGAACUCAACGAGGCGGUGGACGUGAAUGACGGAGACACGCUAGAAUGCGAGUUCAAAAAGCUCAAGAAAAACUCCGAGUACGACUUGGUAGCCUACGCUUGGGUGUGGUACAACGGGGCCAAACUGUACUCAGCGACGGUCGAAUACCAAGCAACAACGACAUCUAGGAACAGUCAAGAGGAUGCAUCAGAGCCGUGCGAGCCUGUCGUCUCCUCGGCAGAGGUGGUAACUAGCCUUCCUGUCACUACGGAGCUAACAACACAGGCAACAUUCUGCCCAGAGAUUGAUUACGUUGAACCGACAACGAUGCUAACCACAACCCCUGGUGCUACGACUCUUACUACCCAGACUGAAACAAUGACAGCAGCAACAAUGUUGGGCAGCGCUUCGCUAGCUGUGUCAAUCGCAUCAACUACCGAGCAUCCACAAACAGUUGAAUCAACAACGGACAUCCCAGCCUCCAUGGAAACUCGGGAAUUCACAACGCCUAUUGAUGCAUCAACAGAGGAGAUUCCUGCAACGUCAGUGGUGAGCAUCUCCACGCCUUCUCUUCCGAUAUCGCCAUUUUCAGAACACCCACAACCAGUUGACUUAACAACGCAAGGGGCAUCCACCGUUUCAACUUCAACAGCAGAAGACAGUCCUGCAACAACAUUGAGAAAAAUCACGACUUCGUUGCCGAUCACUGCGAGCCCGCACAAUCAACACAUUGUUGACUCAACAACUGUAGCAGCAACCUCGGAGGUGUAUUCAACACAAGUUUGGGCGACAUCAGUUGGACCAACCACUCAACAUGCAACACAGCAGGACUUGACAAUCGUAACACAAACAGAAUAUUCGGACACGAAAGCAACUACCAAGGAUAUAUCAACAACGAUAUCCACACAAUCAACUAAUGAUGAAGCAAAAGGCACCGCUACCCAAAUCACGUCACUCACAUCUUCGGAAGGCUCAACUACCGUAACAACCGAAGAAACAUCCACCAUAGCGUCUAGUACACUAAAACUAUCGACAUCUGUGGAAUCAACCCCAGAUACACAUGCAACGCCCCUACAAACUAUUACAGAUGUGACAAGUCUAACAGUUCUACCAUCAACUGCCGGCUCACCAUCCACCGCAUCAUCCACAACGACGGAUGAGAACAAUCCCGUCAAGCACUCAACAACAAUAUCAACCACAGAUGGACUUACAAGAUUUGAGGCAACAAGCACUGACCGUGCAUCAUCGUCAUAUUUCAACAUCGCACCAACUACUACAUCUUCAUCCAAAACGUCCUCCACCGAAACCUCUACCAUUUCAACUUUGGAUGACUUAACCGCCAGUUUCAUGUCAACUAUACCAAUAGAUCCGUCAACGCAAGAGCAACAGAACAAUCCGUCAUACAAAUUGUCCACCGCUACAGCUUUCUCGAUGUCACCCACAACAACCAGUGCUGAUUUAUCAACUUCAAUCAAUGAUCACUCUGUACUGGUUCCGUCUACAGAGUCAACAACAGAAACAGGUAAUCCCAUCUCUGCCACCAACUUUGGGAUGCAUAGUUCACCUGGUCUCGAUUCAACAACCAUCCCAACCAAGCCACCGGCAAAACUCACGACCGAUGUGGAAGGCACACCAAAGCAAUUUCUGACCGCGGGUGAUUCGGAAGUGGUAAAGGGUACUCAGACCACCAGCAUGACGACAAUAACAUCGAUCUCUGAUCUACAAGACUGUUUAAUGUCUACCUCUCCAACCAGUAGUGAUGGACCUACUACCAACAGUUCUCCAGACAACGAACAUACCGCAGUCAAACUCAUAGCUCAAAUCUUGGACUUCUUCUUGAAUAAGCCUGACGACAUCGUGGGCCUCUUGAAUUGCGUCGACGGCACGAAUACCUCUCCUCCCGUUCAGAAAUUACCGUGGCCUGAUAUUCUGGAAACACUGCUAGACAAAGUGGUGCAAAGUGUUCGGACGACAGUUGAAGAGACUACGGUUAUUCGAGUCAAAGGUCAUCCGUUAGCAGGCAGUACAGAUGUGCAAGUUGUGUUCACAAACUCAAAGAACGGGCGUUGUAAGGGUUUGCAGAUCAACAAAACGGAUUCUUCAGACUCAACCGUCCACUUACCAGGAUCUGUUCUCUACGACAAUGGACCGCGAUGCCGAUCUCUGCUGCUGAUCAACAUGGAGGAAUUGCAGGAUAUUUUACCACCCGAACAAUGUGUUGACAACAGUGAAUUUACCUGUGAGGAGCUGUUGACGCCAUUCUCCCUAGUGACUAUCGCGCUCAAGCCGCCGAAAUCACAGCCCUUCCCGGAACAUGUCACGAUUGAGUUCCCGGUACCGGCGACGGAAUUGAUCCCAGUGUGUGUUUGGGUUGAGGCCACCAUUCACACAGAUAAAACCAAAACAGGCUAUUCGUGGAACAGCAAAGGCUGUGAGACGCUCAUCAAUAGAGAGGCAUCCACCGUAGUUUGCCAGUGCUAUCACCUGACAAGCUUUACUGUCAUAAUGAAAGUGACUGAUUUUGAGAUUGACGAAGGACAUGAGAGGGCGCUUCAGCUGAUUAGCAUGCUUGGAUGCAUUGUGACCGUCGUCUGCGCAUGCCUGACGAUCGCGAUUUAUCUCUAUCUGAGGUAA